AUGGGGAACCAGAGAAGAAUAGAAUGGAUAUGUAGGAAGGUGGGAAGAAGAUUAUUGCUUUAAAAAAGGGAACAUUUUGAUGGGUUUAAAAGGGAAGAAUAUUGUCCUAUAACAUUUGUUGCGUCCCAAAUGGCAUCAUUUUACCUACAUAGUGCACCGCUUUUAACCAGGACCCUAUGGGACUCUAUAUUGGGAAUAGUGUGCCAGUUGGGAUGCAGAAAUGGUGUGUUCAGAUUAAUUGUUAGUAGGUAUCUAACCAGCCACUAGAGACUAUUGUUGUCACAUGAUAUUAAUGUCUGUCAUGUGUACCUCUUUACUGUCAUCUAGACUGUUGAUGUCAGUUGUUUCACUUAGUUCCAUUGUCUCAUGUUAAUGACUCUGACCUAUUCCUCUAUUCCUCUCUCUGUUUCUGUCUCUCUCUCUCUGCUGUAAAUGGAAUGGGACGUUUUGCUUUAAGCGUUGCUAGCAGUGUUUUAUCUUUUAAUUUGCGUUUGAAUUCGCUAUACAUGAGAUGAAUUGUGCCUUUAAAGUUCUCUCUCCCUCUCCCUCUCCCUCUCCCUCUCCCUCUCCCUCUCCCUCUCCCUCUCUCUCUCCCUCUCCUCCCUCUAGCUGAUCUCUAGUGAUGCAGAUGGAGCCAUACAGAGAGCGGGCCGCUUCCGAGUGGAGAAUGGCUCAUCAGAUGAGGUGAGGACCCCUACACACACACACACACACACACACACACACAUACACACACUCACUGUAGAGUGUGAGAAAUCUAUGGACAUACAGUGGUGUGAAAAAGUGUUUGCCCCCUUCCUGAUUUUUAAUUUGUUUGCAUGUUUGUCACACUUAAAUGUUUCAGGUCAUCAAACACAUUUAAAUAUUAGUCAAAGAUAACACAAGUAAACACAAAAUGCAGUUUUGAAAUGAAGGUUGUUAUUAUUAAGGGAAAACAAAAUCCUGGCCUGUGUGAAAAAGUGUUUGCCCCCCCUGUUAUAACACAACUCAACUGUGGUUUAUCACACCUGAGUUCAAUUCCUCUAGCCACACCCAGGCCUGAUUACUGCCACACCUGUUCUCAAUCAAGGAAUCACUUAAAUAGGACCUGCCUGACAAAGUGAAGUAGACCAAAAGAUCCUCAAAAGCUAGACAUCAGUCUGGAAAAGGCUGUAAAGCCAUUUCUAAAGCUUUGGGACUCCAGCGAACCUCAGUGAGAGCCAUUAUCCACAAAUGGCGAAAACAUGGAACAGUGGUGAACCUUCCCAGGAGUGGCCGGCAGACCAAAAUUACCCCAAGAGCGCAGCGACGACCCAUCCAAGAGGUCACAAAAGACCCCACAACAACAUCCAUAGUCACCAAGAAAACAAUUGGUAACACACUACGCCGAGAAGGACUGAAAUCCUGCAGCGCCCGCAAGAUCCCCCUGCUCAAAAAGCACAUAUACAGGGCCGUCUGAAGUUUGCCAAUGAACAUCUGAAUGAUUCAGAGGAGAACUGGGUGAAAGUGUUGUGGCCUAUGACCCCAAGAACACCAUCCCCACCGUCAAACAUGGAGGUGGAAACAUUAUGCUUUGGGGGUGUUUUUCUGCUAAGGGGACAGGACAACUUCACCGCAUCAAAGGGACGAUGGACAGGGCCAUGAACCGUCAAAUCUUGGGUGAGAACCUCCUUCCCUCAGCCAGGGCAUUGAAAAUGGGUUGUGGAUGGGUAUUCCAUCAUGACAAUGACCCAAAACACACGGCCAAGGCAACAAAGGAGUGGCCAGUGGCCUAGCCAGUCUCCAGACCUUAAUCCCAUAGAAAAUCUGUGGAGGGAGCUGAAGGUUCGAGUUGCCAAACGUCAGGCUCGCAACCUUAAUGACUUGGAGAAGAUCUGCAAAGAGGAGUGGGACAAAAUCCCUCCUGAGAUUUGUGCAAACUUGGUGGCCAACUACAAGAAACGUCUGACCUCUGUGGUUGCCAACAAGGGUUUUGCCACCAAGUACUGAGUCAUGUUUUGCAGAGAGGUCAAAUACUUAUUUCCCUCAUUAAAAUGCAAAUCAAUGUAUAACAUUUUUGACAUGCGUUUUUCUGGAUUUUGUUGUUGUUAUUCUGUCUCUCACUGUUCAAAUAAACCUACCAUUAAAAUUAUAGACUGAUCAUGUCUUUGUCAGUGGGCAAACGUACAAAAUCAGCAGGGGAUCAAAUACUUUUUUCCCUCACUGUACGUCUGUUACUCAGUGCUCUGAGGAAGCACCAGAAGGAGAGUUCAACCACAGUGAAAAAACUAAACUUCUAUAUUGUCAUUUCUAUAUCCAGUAAGAAGACAGUAUGUCUCUGAAGACACAGUCAGACACAGACAGGUCAGCCCAGGGAUAUACAUUACAUGAACCAUCCAGGUCUAGAACUAUGCUACUUUACUGUCAAGUUCAGAAACCUGAGUCACAUGGGAGUUUUCUUCAAACCUGGGCCUGGGGACCCACCCACAGACCAUGCAGGCUUUUGUUCCAGCCCAACACUUACAAAUCUGAUUUAAGAUGAGAUUAUGCUGUAAAUCAGGGGGGUUAGUGCUGGGCUGGAACAAAAGCCUACCCACACUUCGCCAGGACCGGGGUUGGCUACCCCUGUGUCUUUCUGAGUAACUGUACAUUAACAAAAUGUACAUGAACAAAUGGCUCUCCUCCUGUCUGUCAAUGUGUAGGGUGAUAAACCAUAAAAAAUGUGUUUCAUUGAAUAGAGAAUUCCAUCCCCCCAGAAAUUGUCCAAACGCUAUGUCUCUACCAUAUAUAGUUUAAAAGUCACAGACUAUUUACUCAGAGGUUUUAGCAUGAUUAGAGUGAAUAGAAUAUAAUUAUGGCCAUGGUCAAUAAGUGGUCGCUAUUCAAUAGAACUCUGUCACUGCUCCGCGGGCAGAACGGCGCUAACUUCGAACAUCAACUGACAAGCUAGCUAGUGGCUGCAAGUUCCUGUGUGAUAACAUGGAUUUUUUCUAAAUGAAAUCCGCAGAAUACAAAACUAAAUUGGGUCUAUAUAUUUAUUAAUUUACAAAGCUAACAGAUUGAAUUUCAAUAUCUACCCUCCCUGAAGACAAUCUGUUCCAGUUUUCAUGGUAUAUUUCUGAGUCUCUCCCUUUAAAUUGCCAUAGAAACAGCCCCUCUCAACAUUGAUUGACCGGGGUUAGAGGAAUAGAAAGCCACAGAUUUUAUUAUGAAAAUGACGAGGGUAUCAAGUGGAUUUUGAUUGGUCCAAACUGCGGAAACACCUCCAAAUGUUACCAACUCCCAAUGCUGAAAAAUGGAAGAGAUACAACCAAGAGCUGGGACGGUUUAAACUAGCAACGGUCACAACAAACUAACGUUCUUAUUUCAUCAACACUGUUAAGUACAAGCAUAUUAAGGUUAUAAUAUUGUAGAGCACAAUCUAAUUAUGCAUUUUAUGUGAUUCAUAAUGACAUAGGGCAAAGAAUUCAUUUAGUUGCACCCUCUUGAAUUGACCCGUAUUUCACUACAUGCUAGAGCAGUGAGGGAACGCCGUACAAUGUGUCACAUGCAGUUGCAGAUGUAAAAUGUCACCAAUAGUGUGCAUUAUACAUGCAAUCAUCACACACAUGCUCUCACAAACACACACAAACAAACACACACACAUACACACUGAGAUCAAUAACCGAAAGACCCCUAGGUGUCAUACGUAUAGUACAACACGCCUAUGACAUUAUGACAUUACAUCCACACAGGAGACUGGCUGCAGUGGCACAGGGACAGAGUGAGAGACAGGGACAGAGUGAGAGACAGGGACAGAGUGAGAGACAGGGACAGAUGUUCUCCUACUACUCUUCAAUGGCUGUGCAAAGUUGCUGGAUAUGGGUGGGAACUGGACCACGCUGUCAAAGAUUUUUUUAUAGCUAAACCAAGAAAGACCACAGCCUGUCGUUUCCAACGUGAACAAAUGAGUCAUAGUGGGCAGAACAAGCAAGGAGGUGGGCAGAGCCAAGCACGAGCUAACGAGAUCCUAUUGGCCCGUUCUAUCAUACGUCUGCAUAUUUCCGUUAGGGAACGCCUACUCUGUGAAGUGCGCGUGUGCAAUAACUCAAUACGCCUUUGCACUCAAAACAACGCAAUUCUUUACAACUUUGGCAAAGGGUAAAGUCUACAAAAUGUAGUCCACUCUGUUCAUAACAGAUUGUUGUUUUUCGAACAGAAAACUGUAUUAAGAUCAAAUGUUUCAUCGAUAAGAAAAUGUGCAGAAUGUCGGCCAACAUCCAUCUCCUUCCAUCUUCUCCCACUGCCGGCCACUGGGCUUCCUCUCACUACCAUAUUUGGUAGUGAGUGGAAACGUCAAGCGGAUGCUUCACAAUUAUACAGUAACAGUCAAAAGUUUGGAUACACCUACUCAUUCAAGGGUUUUUCUUUAUUUUUACUAUUUUCUACAUUGUAGAAUAUUAGUGAAAACAUCAAAACUAUGAAAUAACACAUAUGGAAUCAUGUAGAAACCAAAAAAGUGUUAAACAAAUCAAAAUAUAUUUUAUAUUUGAGAUUCUUCAAAGUAGCCACCCUUUGCCUUGAUGACAGCUUUGCACACUCUUGGCAUUCUCUCAACCAGCUUCACCUGGAAUGCUUUUCCAACAGUCUUGAAGGAGUUCCCACAUAUGCUGAGCACUUGUUGGCUGCUUUUCCUUCACUCUUGCCGUCCAACUCAUCCCAAACCAUCUCAUUUGGGUUGAGGUCAGGUGAUUGUAGAGGCCAGGUCAUCUGAUGCAGCAUUAUUAUUAUUGGUGUCCUUAGUAGUGGUUUCUUUGCAGCAAUUCGACCAUGAAGGCCUGAUUCAUGCAGUCUCCUCUGAACAGUUGAUGUUGAGAUGUGUCUGUUACUUGAACUCUGUGAAGCAUUUAUUGGGCUGCAGUCUGAGGCUGGUAACUCUAAUGAACUUAUCCUCUGCAGCAGAGGUAACUCUGGGUCUUCAUUUCCUGUGGCGGUCCUCAUGAGACUCAGUUUCCUCAUAGCGGUUUUUGCGACUGCACUUGAAGAAACUUUCAAAGUUCUUGACAUUUUCCGGAUUGACUGACCUUCAUGUCUUCAAGGAAUGAUGGACUGUCAUUUCUCUUUGCUUAUUUGAGCUGUUCUUGCCAUAAUACAGACUUGGUCUUUUACCAAAUAGGGCUAUCUUCUGUAUACCACCCCUACCUUGUCACAACAACUGAUUGGCUCAAACGCAUUAAGGAAAUAAAUUCCACAAAUUAACUUUUAAGAAGGCACACCUGUUAAUUGAAAUGCAUUCCAGGUGACUACCUCAUGAAGCUGGUUGAGAGAAUGCCAAGAGUGCAAAUCUGUCAUCAAGGAAAGGGUGGCUACUUUGAAGAAUCUCUCAAAUAUAAAAUAUAUUUUGAUUUGUUUAACACUUUUUGGUUACUACAUGAUUCCAUGUGUGUUAUUUAAUAGUGUUGAUGUCUUUACUAUUACUCUACAAUGUAGGAAAUAGUAAAAAUAAAGAAAAACACUGGAAUGAGUAGGUGUGUCCAAACUUUUGACUGGUACUGUACAUCUGGUGAAAUAUCUGUCUCAUUGUUCUAUCUGUGACGCUGUCGUACACGUCGAUCCAGAGCAUCCAAAACAUGCUCAAUGGGUGACAUGUCUGGUGAGUAUGCAGGCCAUGGAAGAACUGGGACAUUUUCAGCUUCCAGGAAUUGUGUACAGAUCAUUGUGACAUGGGGCUGUGCAUUAUCAUGCUGAAACAUGAGGUGAUGGCGGCGAAUGAAUGGCAUGACAAUGGAUCUCGUCACGAUAUCGCUGUGCAUUCAAAUUGUCAUUGAUAAAAUGCAAUUGUGUUCAUUGUCCGUAGCUUAAGCCUGCAUUGGGCACUCUGUUCACAACAUUGACAUCAGCAAACCGCUCGCCCACACAACACCAUACACGCUGUCUGCCAUCUGCCCGGUACAGUUGAAACCGGGAUUCAUCCGUGAAGAGCACACUUCUCCAGCAUGCCAGUGGCCAUUGAAGGUGAGCAUUUGCCCACUGAAGUCAGUUAUGACGCCGAACUACAAGUCAGGUUAAGACCCUGGUGAGGACGACGAACACGCAGAUGAGCUUCCCUGAGACGGUUUCUGACAGUUUGUGCAGAAAUUCUUUGGUUGUGCAAACCCACAGUUUCAUCAGCUAUCCAAGUGGCUUGUGUCAGACUAUUUUUCGAGUGGCCUUUUAUUGUCCCCAAGCAUAAGGUGCACCUGCGUAUUGAUCAUGCUGUUUAUUAAGCUUCUUGAUAUGCCAUAUCUGUCAGGUGAAUGGAUUAUCUUGGCAAAGGAUAAAUGCUCACUAACAGGGAUGUAAACACAUUUCUGGGAUCUUUUAUUUCAGCUCAUGAAACAUGGGACCAACACUUUACAUGUUGCGUUUAUAUUUUAGUUCUCUGUCUUUCUGUCGUUCCCCUCCACAGGGAGAAUGAAAAGAGAACAACAAAACAGCAACACUUUUGUCUUCAUCUAUGUUCUAUCCCUUAUCCCCUCCAUCACCCUAACAUGUACCAGACAUGACUGUGUGUGUGCAUCACUGUCAAUUGUACUAUUCUAUUUUAUUCACAAACACAUUUUGGUAAUUUAGCAGAUGGUCUUAUCCAGAGCGACUUACAGGAGUGAGUGCAUACAUUUGAAUACUUUUUUCGUACACUCUCACACACACGCACGCACGCAUGCACACACACACACAUUACGCACUCACACACACACACACGAACACACACACACACAUAUGCACACACACUCACACACACCACCUACCCCUUUCCCAGCUGAAGCACCACCAGACAGUAACCAUGACAACCUGGGAUGUUUUCCUUGCAAAUAAACAAACAAACAAACUAAAGUGUCUCCUAUCUCCUCUCCCCUCUGUUUAAGAACCCAUCCCAACUGUCAGAGUGUGUGCGUGUGUCUGUGUGUGUGUGUGUGUGUGUGUGUGGCCUGUGGGUAAGUGUGAGGCUUGCCCUCAAUAGGAUGAAUCCAAAAUGGGACGUCCUGUUAAUGAGGAGGAGGAGGUGCAUUGAUCAGAGGGACUUAUAGAGGGCUUAACAUUAAUAUUGAUGACGGGGAGAUCUACUGCUUACAAAGGAGCUUUUCUCCUGUCAGCACACCACAACAUCACUGUCUGGGGAACCCUACUCUAUGCCCGACUGAACAACGAUGUGUGUGUGUGUGUUUGUGUUUUGAAGGUCAGUCUGUAGAUCAAUAUAUGUAUUUAUUGGGGUAAAACAGUGUGUGUGGGUGGGUGCAGUGGAGGGGGGGAGUGUGGGUGGGUGGAGUGGUCGGGGGAGUGUGUGUGGGUGGGUGGAGUGGAGCGGGGAGUGUGUGUGGGUGGGUAGAGUGGAGGGGGGAAUGUGUGUGGGUGGGUGGAGUGGAGGGGGAGUGUGUGUGUGGGUGGGUGGAGUGGAGGGUGAGUGUGUGUGGGUUGGGUGGAGUGGAGUGGGGAGUGUGUGUGGUGGGUGGGUUGGGUGCGUGGAGUGGAGGGGGAGUGGUGUGUGUGGGGGUGUGUGGUUGGGGGGUGGGUGGAGUGGAGGGGGGGUGUGUGGGUGGGUGGAGUGGAGGGGAGUGUGUGAUGGGGUGUGGGUGUGGUGGUGCGAGGGGGGGUGUGUUGGGUGGGUGGGUGGUGGGGGUGGGGGGUGUGGUGGGUGGGUGGAGUGGAGGGGUGGUGUGUGUGGGUGGUGGUGAGUGGAAUGGAGGGGGAGUGUGGGUGUGUGGGUGGGUGGAGUGGGGGGGGUGUGUGUGGUGGGUGGGUGGAGUGGGGGGGAGUGGUGUGGGUGUCUGGGUGGGUGGCACUGGAGGGGGAGUGUGGGUGGAGUGGGGGGGAUGUGUGUGGGGGGUGGAGUGUGUGGGGGGGUGUGUGUGUGUGGGUGGAGUGGAGGGGGAGUGUGUGUGGGUGGGUGGCGUGGAGGGGGGCUGUGUGUGGGUGGGUGGAGUGGAGGGGGGAGUGUGGGUGGGUGGCAGGGGGGGUGUGUGUGGGGUGGCGUGGGUGGGCGGGUGUUGUGUGUGGGGGUGUGGGUGGGGGGGGUGGCGUGUGUGUGGGCGGGGGCGUGUGUGUGGGUCGGUGGGUGGGUGGCGGGGGGCGUCUGUGUGGGUGGGUGGCGUGGGGCGUGUGUGUGGGUGGGUGGGUGGGUGGUGGGUGUGGGGGGCGCUGUUGUUGGGUGGGUGGGGCGUCUGUGUGCGUGGGUGGCGUGGGGCGUCUGUUGGGUGGGUGGCAGUGGGGGGGCAGUGUGUGUGGGUGUCUGGGUGGGUGGCAUGGAGGGGGGUGUGGGUGGAGUGGAGGGGGGUGUGUGUGGGUGGGUGGCGUGCUGUGGGGGGAGUGUGGUGUGUGUGGGUGGAGUGGAGGGGGAGUGUGUGUGGUGGGUGGCGUGGCGGGGGGGUGUGGGUGGAGUGGAGGGGGGCGUGUGUGGGUGGAGUGGAGUGGCGGGUGUUGUGUGUGGGUGGGUGGCGUGGGGGGGGUGGAGUGUGUGUGGGGGGGGAGUGUGUGUGGGUAGGUGGGUGGCGUGGAGGGGGGGUAUGUGUGGGUGGGUGGAGUGGGGCGUGUGUGUGGGUGGGUGGGUGGGUGGGUGGGUGGGUGGAGUGGAGGGGGGAGUAUGUGUUGGUGGGUGGAGUGGGGAGUAUGUGUGAGUGGGUGGAGUGGGGAGUAUGUGUGGGUGGGUGGAGUGGAGGGGGGAGUGUGUGUGGGUGUGUUAUGAAUCGCCCAUUAUCAGUGUUGUUGUGAGUGUUAUGAUGUGAAGUAUUUAUUGUGUGUGUGGAAGCAUUUGUGUGUGUGUGUGUGUGUGUGUCACUAACCCGUGUGUGUGUGUGUGUGUGUGUGUGUGUGUGUGUGUGUGUGUGUGUGUGUGUGUGUGUGUGUGUGUGUGUGUGUGUGUGUAGAUGACGGACUACACCCCUGGAACCUGGAGAAGAACCGAUGUCCAUCUGGAGAACCCGGAGUACCACACCAGAUGGUUCUUCAAAUACUUCCUGGGCAAAGGUCCGUUCUACUCCUCUCCUCUCUGUCACACACACAGACACACACGCACACACACACACACACACACACUCACACACACACACACACACACACACACGCGCGCACACACACACACACACACGCACACACACACACCAGACCUGGGUUCAAAUACAUGUGUUAUUUAAAUACUUAAUUCUGUGUAUUUGAGUAUUUUCUAAUAAAAGGGCCUGAAUCAACUACUUCUAUUGGAACUAUUUGAAAUUAUUUUCAAAUACUACUUUCAAAUGCCUGGGCUAAAUGUAUGGGAGUGUAUUUGAAUCCAUCCUGGUCACUAGAAAUACCAGUAGAUUUCCGACUUAUAAAAAGGUCCUGCCUUCCUUGGCGCUCACAAAAAAUUAAUAAAUGGCACAGCAGUGGGAAUAAACUCGUAAAGGCUCGGAGUCAGAGCACACUGCUCAGACAACUGCUCCACGGCAAUUCACAAUGCUCUAGCAAGCCGGGAGAGUACACAAUGAUACUUGAUGUACACAGGGUGUUAUUUUUACUUUUGUUUUAGCCCUGACCUUAACCACUCUGAAUUCAUACCUACAAUUAUCCCUUUGAGUUGUUUCUGUUUUAACCCUGUAACCAUGUGGAAUUAAUGAGUCAUUCAUAUUACAUCUAAUUUCGAAGUGAAACUAUGAGAAACUCUGAGAUCAGAUUGUUUGAAUCAGGGUAUUUGUCACGUUGUAUACUGAUAGAAGACAGGUGCAGGAAUACAUAAUCGUUUUUGUUAUUACUCAACCCAACAUAAGGUACGUCAUGGAAAACGACGUGGACGAAGCCCAAAACAAACACGUAUAUAUGUAUAACAACAGGGAUGUAACCCAAACAAUAGGGUGAGGUGUAAACCUCUAAAUAAUACACGGGACGAGCCCCCUCCCCCCGACGCGCUGCACAAGCAGCAGGAUGACACCGGCCUCGGGGACGACCACAGGAACGCGGUGUGGGUCGGUCAGGGCGCCGAAGAUCCCUGGUCAGCGAAGCGUCCAGGAUGUCCACCGUAGGAACCGAGGACCGCUCCUCUGGGCCGUACCCCUCCCAGUCGAUGAGGUACUGGAGACGGCCUGCCCGACACCUCAAAUCCAGGACUUCACGGACCGAGUACGCCGGACCUCCCUCGAUGUCCAGAGGAGGAGGUGGGGUGUCACUGGGUCAAGCCUCAGCGAGGGGACCAAGGAACCACUGGCCUGAGGAGGUACACAUGAAAAGUCGGGUUAAUGCGGUAAUCAGCAGGGAGUUGCAAAUGGUACGUUACCUCAUAAACCCUUCUCAGGACUUUAAACGGCCCCACAAACCGCAGGCUCAGCUUCCGGCAGGGCAAGCGGAGGGGCAGGUUCUGGGUGGAGAGCCAAACCCGGUCGCCUGGAGAGAAAACAGGAUGCCAAGGUGCCAGGGCCGGCUGAUACCCCAACAUGCACUGGAAAGGACUGAGGUUAGUGGAGGAGUGGUGGAGGGAAUUUUGCGCGAACUCAGCCCAAGGUAGAAAUCCGCCCACUCCCGUAAAAAGAGCCUCCGUGGUUUGCAUGGCUGACGGGAGCCCAGGUAGAGGAAGGAGGCGACAAGCUUUGAAAAACCGAUCCACAACGACGAGAACGGUGGUGUUCCCCUGGGAGGGGGGAAGGUCAGUGACAAAGUCCACCGAGAGGUGAGACCAUGGUCAUUGUGGAACCGGCAGGGGAAGGAGCUUGCCAUAAGGGAGGUGUCUGGGUGUCUUAGACUGAGCACAGAUGGAGCAGGAAGAGACGUAAACCCGGACAUCCCUAGCCAAGGUGGGCCACCAGUACUUCUCAGUCAGGCAGGCGAUGGUACGGCCUAUACCAGGAUGACCCGAAACAGGCGCCGUGUGCGCCCAGGAAAGGAGGCGGUCCCGCACUCCCGUGGGCACGUAGGCGCGGUUCUCUGAACACUGUGUAGGUGUGGGUUCCGUACUUUGGGCCUGCUGUAUGUCGGCGUCCACGUCCCACACCACUGGCGCGAAUAUACGGAAUGGAGGGAUGAUGGGGGUCUCCUCUCCCUGCCUCCUCGGGCAAACGUGCAGAGCCCACCUCCAUCAGCUUUGGCCACAGAGCAGGUGUAGCCAUGGGCUCCGGAUUCCGAGCAGGUCUUUGUAGGGACCGCAGGAGGUUGUCCAACCGGAUCGCCAUGCUGAUGAGCUGGUCGAGUGACAGGUUGUCAUCAUGGCAGGCUAACUCCAUCUGUACCUCCUCCUGCAGUCCGCUGUGGAAAACGGUGACCAGAGCCGACUCGUUCCAUCGGGUGGAGGCCGCGAUAGUCCGGGACUCCAGGGCGACCUCCAAGGCGGUUCUAGAUCCUUGGCGUAGUCAGAGUAGACUCUCACCCCCCUCUUGGCCCUCCAAGGGAUGAUCAAACACCGAGCGGAAGAGGAGGGUGAAGCGUUCGUAGGACUCGACCUCGGGUCCGCCCGUUUCCCAGACUGCAGCACCCCAGUCCAGGGCCCUUCCGGUCAGUGCCGAGAUGACUGUGGCAACUCUGUAUCUCCCGGAGACAGCAUCGGCGUAGCGAGCGAGGUACAUCUUGCUGGCGCGCCGUCAAAGCGCUCCAGGAGGGACGGGUAUUCCGCGGACCGGCUCAGAUGGGACGGAAGCAGGUAGUGGUUGUGUUGGGGCUGGUGCCGGAACCAGUACUUUCCCCUCCAACCGCAGGAUGGUUGCCAGAACGCUGUCCAUGGCUCUGCUGAGUCUGGAGAGACAGUCCCCGUGAUGCUGGACUGCCUCUAUGAUGGUCGUCAGCUCGGCCUUUCCCACUGUCUCCAUUUUUAUGGGUAGAUUAUUCUGUCACGUUGUAUACUGAUAGAAGACAGGCGCAGGAAUACGUAAUCUUUUUUUUUUUUUCUCAACCCAACAUAAGGUACGUCAUGGAAAACAAUGUGGACGAAGACCAAAACAAACACGUAUAUAUGUAUAACAACAGAGAUGUAACCCAAACAAUAGGGUGAGGUGUAAACAAGACCCAAGUGCACAAUUACUCGGCAUGUAAACUGUAAUACAAUGUAUUCACGAGACCAACAGACAUGGGACAAUAAUCGACAAGGACAAUGGGGAACAGAGGGCACAUAUAUAUACUAAUCAGGGGGAAUGGGAACCAGGUGUAAUGAGACAAUGAGACAAGACAAUCCGAGGUUGGUGGUAAUGAACCAGAUCAGUGACGCCUAGAAGGCCGGUAACGUAGACCUCCGGAGCUGGUGAACGGAAUGAGCAGCAGUACCGGGGGGAUCCGUGACAGUAUUUGAGUAUUUUCAAAUACUUAACAAGUGUAUUUCCAAAUACUGUACAUUGCAAUAUUCAACUACUUGUCUUUCAAAUAAAAAUAUGUAAAUACUUACCUCCAAAUGUGUGUGAAAGUCAUUGAAAUACCCUAAAUAUUAAUACAAAAUCAGGUCUGACACGUGUGCAAUAAAAGGUACUAUUUAGAACCUAAAAGGGUUCUUCAGCUUUCCCCAUAGGAGAACCAUUUGAAGAACCCUUUAUGGUUCCAGGUAGAACCCUUUUGGUUCCAGGUAGAACCCUUUUGGCUUUUGGAAUCCAAAAGUAUUCUACCUGGAACCAAAAAGGGUUCUCCUACAUGUAUGGGGACAGCCAAAUAACUAUUUUGGAACCCUUUUCUCUAAGAGCGUAGGCAAGACCAUAUGCUUUACACGGGGUCAGGACUUUUCCAGACCAUGUGACCUGACCAGUAUACUGACUGUAGGGCCAGGACUUUUUCCUGGUCCAAUCACAUGAUCAGGUAAAACUCCUGUCCCUAGCUCUCCUAGUUUAAUGGUAGUCUAUCAGCUCCCAAAGAUACUUCCAUAGCUACAGUGGACCUGCAGACUGGGCCCGGCAGUCAGAGGAAGAUGGUGAGCAGAGGCUCACUUCACACACACACACACACACACACACACACACACACACACACACACAUACACACGCUGGGAGAUAACAACAUUAACAUCUGACUGGCUCCCUAGUCAACACGAGCAGCCAACAGCCUCCUGAGAGUCAUGGUGAUCAUUAAAAAUGCAUUACCCCCCUCCUUCCUUCCCUUGUUCUUCCUUUUAUCCUUCAGCAAGGUGUGUGUGUGUUUGUGUAUGUGUGUGUGUGUUAUGCUUUCCAAGCACAGAAAAAAAACGUCCAAGUGAACUGAUUCAAAGAAAGAAAUGGAGAGAAAGAGAUGGAGAGAGAGAGGAAGAAAGGGAUCGAGAGAGAGAAGGGGAUAGAGAGAGAGAUGGAGAGUGAGAUGGUGAGAGAGAUGGAGAGAGAGAUGGUGAGAGAGAUGGUGAGAGAGAUGGGGAGAGAGAGAGAGAGAGAGAGAGAGAGAGAGAGAGAGAGAGGAGAGAGAGAGGAGAGAGAGAGAGAGAGAGAGAGAGAGAGAGAGAAAGAAAGGGAUGAAGAGAGAGGGGGGAGCGAGAGAGGGCAGAGUUCCUGUUUUUUAUUUGGUUUGGGGGGUCUGGUCAGUGUUAUGUCUGAAUACGUUGCUGUGUCAACCAGGUAGAGAGGGAGCUGAAUGUGAAGCGGUGUUGUCUAUGGUUCUGUUGUGUAUGACCCACACACACGCCCGCACACACACACACACACACACACACACACACACACACACACACACACACACACACACACACACACACACACAUAUUCAAGCAGAUACAUAUGCAUGCAUGCACACACUACUCAACAUACCAUACAGGAAAAACUAGGCCUCACCGUGGCUUCCUGACAGAAAUUAACAGAAACUGUAACGCACACUUAUGACCAUACAACAAACAAACGACAGAACAGUCAACAAUUAUAAAUCAAUGAAUGUGUUUUUACCCCCCAGUCCACCAGAACUACAUUGGUACGGAUGCAGAGAAGAACCCCUUCUACCUGUCUGUGGUUCUGUCCGACCAGAACAACCAGCGGGUCCCUCAGUACAGAGCCAUCCUCUGGAGGAAAACAGUAAGUAUCUAGGAUCAAAUCACCCUUCCCAAAGCCUAUUGGUAUUGGUACAAAUUGACUUUUUGCACAGAUCUAGGAUCAGCUUACCCUUACAAAAUACUUCACCUUAAGCAUUGGUCUCGGUGGAAGUUGGCUUUAGAUACAGAUUUAGGAUCAGCUCACUCUCCCCAAAGCAAAACCUUGAGCAUGAAGGUGAAACAUGCAUUUCUGAUCUUACUGUAGAUCAGUGUCUGGAUGGAGGUCUAUCUUCUGUUCAGGUAGAUGAUUAGACUAAUCAUGAUGAUUACUUUCUACAUCCACACCUGAGAUAAUCUCCUCUCCUCUCCUCUCCUCUCCUCUCCUCUCCUCUCCUCUCCUCUCCUCUCCUCUCCUCUCCUCUCCUCUCUCUCCCCCAGGGUACACUGAAGAUCAGUCUGCCAUACAGCCCUACCAAAACACUAUCAGUUAAAUCCAUCUUAAGGUGAGCACUGCUCAGGAUGCCAUUCAAAACAUUGUUUGUUUCAUAGAUCGUUCUGACUAGCCUGGUCCCAGAUCUGUUAGUGCUGUCUUUUCAACUCCUAUAGUCAUUGUCACACAUUGGCAAGACAGCACAAACAGACAUGGGACCAGGCUAAGAUAUGACCAAUGAAUCAGGCUAAAAACACAUGGAGAAAUUCAAUAUGGAUAUGUAAUAUGUAGUCUGUUGUAUUUAAAUGAACAACAACAUGAACAUAUGCCUUAAGAUAAUCAUGGAAUGGAAUGUUGUAAACCCGUCUUUAAAACACUUAUAUUUUCUCCUCUCCUGAACUUUUCCUCUCCUCCUCUUCCUCUCCUCCUCUUCCUCUCCCCCUCUCCUCUCCUCCUAUCCUCUGCUCUCCUCCCCCUGCAGUGCGAUGAACCUGGACAGGUUUGAGAAAGGCCCAAGGGAGAUUCUCAACCCAGAGAUACAGAAGGUGAGAUCACACUGUAUCAGCCACAGAGAUACAGAAGGUGAGAUCACACUGUAUCAGCCACAGAGAUACAGAAGGUGAGAUCACACUGUAUCAGCCACAGAGAUAUAGAAGGUGAGAUCACACUGUAUCAGCCACAGAGAUACAGAAGGUGAGAUCACUCUGUAUCAGCCACAGACAUACAGAAGGUAAGAUCACACCGUAUCAGCCACAGAGAUACAGAGGGUGAGAUCACACUGUAUCAGCCACAGAGAUACAGAAGGUGAGAUCACUCUGUAUCAGCCACAGACAAACAGAAGGUGAGAUCACACUGUAUCAGCCACAGAGAUACAGAAGGUGAGAUCACACUGUAUCAGCCACAGAGAUACAGAGGGUGAGAUCACACUGUAUCAGCCACAGACAAACAGAAGGUGAGAUCACACUGUAUCAGCCACAGACAUACAGAUGUAGGAUCUUUAUUUGUUCACUUUUUUGUUGCUGAGAAUUUUCCUGCCGCUAUGGGCGCUAUUCUCCACUAUCGUUCGGCGACCGGUUCAUACAUAAAACAUCCUCCAUUCAGGCUGCAAAGGCGUCGGUUUCCUCCUUAACUCGAUUUAAAGGCCCAUCGGUGGAAAAAACAGGGAAAUAUGCGUACCAGCUUAAUAAAACAAAAUUCUCCACCACCAUUUUUGUUUUUCAGACAAUUUACGGAUGUUGCACACCGUGUCAGUCUGUUGUUUACCCCAGGCUGAACGCAGUGGGCAACAUCAGGAAGUAGCAUUAGCCACUCUAGCAUGGUGGUGGAAAAUUGUGUUUUAUUAAGACAGUAGGCGUAUUUCCCCCGUUGUUUUCCACCAACAGGCCAUUAAAUCAAUUUAAAGAGGAAACCAAUAUCUUUGCAGCCUGACUGGAGGAUGUUUUAUGUAUGAACCGGUCAACGGGGGACACAAGUGUAUUAAUGGCUUUGCAGGACGUCAGUGACGGAUGACAAACGACGUAAGGAAUAAUAGCGCCAUCUGGCGGCAGCAGGUCUAGAAAUGCAGAUGAGCUUUGUGAUUUACAUAAAUUCACUGAAAACCCACACUAAAACACGGUUAUGUUAACAGUAUUGCACUUUUCAUGUAGCCUACUUUUGGAUAGCUAAUAGCUAUCGCCGUCUCUGGCUUUUCGUAGUAAAAACGGAUCAAGCAACAUUAUGGACUAAACGUUCAAAUCCUGUUUCUGCAGGAUUAUUUUGCUUUGACAAUACAGGUCAAAUUAAGAGCCUACAUCUGUAUAUAAUAGUCAUGUACUAACUCUAUUUCUAUGGUAUUAGCCCCAUACUGUAACAGGUCUUGGAGUCAUUUGGGAGUCAUUAGAGAUUGGGAGUCAUUUGGGAGUCAAUUGACAUUGGGAGUCAUUUGGGAGUCAUUGGAGAUUGGGAGUCAUUUGGGAGUCAUUGGACAUUGGAAGUCAUUGGAGAUUGGGAGUCAUUGGAGAUUAGGAGUCAUUGGACAUUGGGAGUCAUUUCCGAGUCAUCGGAGUCAUUGGAGGGGCAACUGAUGAUAACUGUGGUGUGUUUUCUCUUCAUAGGACCUACUGGUGUUGGAGGAGCAAGAGGUAUUAAUUUAUUUAUUCUUUUAUAAAUAUCAUUCAAGUGGAUAUUGUAGUUAUUGGUGUUGACCAUGGUCUUACUAGAGAUUUCCUUCUCCUUUUCUACCAGGGAUGUUUUUAUGGUUUUGGUAGACAAUAAAAGUGUCCCAUAAGUUAACGUUAGUGAAUAGUGGCACCUUAGAUGUACAAUAUAUCUGUCUUAUCUUUUGUCAGGGUUCUGUCAACUUCAAAUUCGGUGUCCUGUAUGCCAAAGAUGGACAGCUCACAGACGAUGAGAUGUUUAGCAACGGUAAGUCACUAAUAUUGUGAGUAAUAGGUAUUUGAAGUAUCAAUGUCCUAUGAGUUGUAGUUUGAACCCUGCUCUUUCAUUUGUUCCUUCAGAGACUGGGAGCCAGAGCUUCGAUAAAUUCCUCAACCUCCUGGGUGACACCAUCUCCCUGCAGGGCUGGGCAGGCUACCGCGGUGGGCUGGAUACCAAGAGUAAGACCUGGACACCACACACACACACACACACACACACACACACACACACACACACACCAAGGGUUCUGCUAUUAAUGAUUGUUUUUCCAUUGCAACAGACCAUGGAGAUGUCUUUCAUUCACAUUCUCUCUUUUAAUAUUUCUCUCCCUCUUUCUUUCUCUCACUCUUGCCUACGCACCCCUUCCUCUUCUGCUCCCACUGCUCUAUCCUUCUCACUCUCCCUCCCUCCCCCCUCUCUUCCUCCCUACCCCUCUCUCCCUCCCUCCCCCCUCUCUCCCUCCCUCCCCCUCUCUCCUUCCCUCCCUCCCCCUUCCCCCCUCUGUCCCCCUCUCUCUCUCCUCCGCUCUCUCCCCCCUCCCCCUCUCUCUCCAGAUGACACUACAGGAAUGAACUCCAUCUACACAGUGUACCAGGGCCAUGAGCUGAUGUUCCAUGUCUCCACCAUGCUACCCUACUCCAAGGAGAACAAGCAGCAGGUGUGUGUAUGUUCGUGAGUGCGUGCGUGCGUGUGUGUGAGUGCAUGCGGGUGGGCUGGCAGGCGGGCCCGUGUGUGAUUAUGCAUGUGUGUGUAUGUGUGCCUGCUUUGUGUUAAAAUCUCUACAUGGGGUCAGUCCUCCAGAGCUACAGAGCUAUAUGGAGUGCAUUCGGAAAGUAUUCAGACCCCUUCACUUUUUCCACAUUUUGUUACGUUACAGCCUUAUUCUAAAAUAGAUAAAAUAAAAUAAAAUCCUCAUAUAUCUACACACAAUACCCCAUAAUGACAAAUCGAAAACAGGUUUUAUACAUUUUUGCUAAUUUAUAAUAAAAAUAAAUAAAUAAAAACGUAUUUACAUAAGUAUUCAGACCCUUUGCUAUGAGACUCAAAAAUUUGCUCAGGUGCAUCCUGUUUCCAUUGAUCAUCCUUGAGAUGUUUCUACAACUUGAUUGGAGUCCACCUUUGGUAAAUUCAAUUGAUUGGACAUGAUUUGGAAAGACACACACCUGUCUACACUGCUCAAAAAAAUAAAGGGAACACUUAAACAACACAAUGUAACUCCAAGUCAAUCACACUUCUGUGAAAUCAAACUGUCCACUUAGGAAGCAACACUGAUUGACAAUACAUUUCACAUGCUGUUGUGCAAAUGGAAUAGACAACAGGUGGAAAUUAUAGGCAAUUAGCAAGACACCCCCAAUAAAGGAGUGGUUUUGCAGGUGGUGACCACAGACCACUUCUCAGUUCCUAUGCUUUCUGGCUGAUGUUUUGGUCACUUUUGAAUGCUGGCGGUGCUUUCACUCUAGUGGUAGCAUGAGACGGAGUCUACAACCCACACAAGUGGCUCAGGUAGUGCAGCUCAUCCAGGAUGGCACAUCAAUGCGAGCUGUGGCAAGAAGGUUUGCUGUGUCUGUCAGCGUAGUGUCCAGAGCAUGGAGGCGCUACCAGGAGACAGGCCAGUACAUCAGGAGACGUGGAGGAGGCCGUAGGAGGGCAACAACCCAGCAGCAGGACCGCUACCUCCGCCUUUGUGCAAGGAGGAGCAGGAGGAGCACUGCCAGAGCCCUGCAAAAUGACCUCCAGCAGGCCACAAAUGUGCAUGUGUCUGCUCAAACGGUCAGAAACAGACUCCAUGAGGGUGGUAUGAGGGCCCGACGUCCACAGGUGGGGGUUGUGCUUACAGACCAACACCGUGCAGGACGUUUGGCAUUUGCCAGAGAACACCAAGAUUGGCAAAUUCGCCACUGGCACGCUGUGCUCUUCACAGAUGAAAGCAGGUUCACACUGAGCACAUGUGACAGAUGUGACAGAGUCUGGAGACGCCGUGGAGAAUGUUCUGCUGCCUGCAACAUCCUCCAGCAUGACCGGUUUGGCGGUGGGUCAGUCAUGGUGUGGGGUGGCAUUUCUUUGGGGGGCCGCACAGCCCUCCAUGUGCUCGCCAGAGGUAGCCUGACUGCCAUUAGGUACCGAGAUGAGAUCCUCAGACCCCUUGUGAGACCAUAUGCUGGUGCGGUUGGCCCUGGGUUCCUCCUAAUGCAAGACAAUGCUAGACCUCAUGUGGCUGGAGUGUGUCAGCAGUUCCUGCAAGAGGAAGGCAUUGAUGCUACGGACUGGCCAGCCCGUUCCCCAGACCUGAAUCCAAUUGAGCACAUCUGGGACAUCAUGUCUCGCUCCAUCCACCAACGCCACGUUGCACCACAGACUGUCCAGGAGUUGGCGGAUGCUUUAGUCCAGGUCUGAGAGGAGAUCCCUCAGGAGACCAUCCGCCAUCUCAUCAGGAGCAUGCCCAGGCAUUGUAGGGAGGUCAUACAGGCACGUGGAGGCCACACACACUACUGAGCCUAAUUUUGACUUGUUUUAAGGACAUUACAUCAAAGUUGGAUCAGCGUGUAGUGUGGUUUUCCACUUUAAUUUUGAGGGUGACUCCAAAUCCAGACCUCCAUGGGUUGAUACAUUUGAUUUCCAUUUAUCAUUUUUGUGUGAUUUUGUUGUCAGCACAUUCAACUAUGUAAAGAAAAAAGUAUUUAAUAAGAUUAUUUCAUUCAUUCAGAUCUAGGAUGUGUUGUUUAAGUGUUCCCUUUAUUUUUUUGAGCAGUGUAUAUAAGGUCCCACAGUUGACAGUGCAAUUCAGAGCAAAAAUCAAGCCAUGAGGUCGAAGGAAUUGUCCGUAGAGCUCCGAGACAGGAUUGUGUUGAUCUGGGGAAGGGUAUUGCUGCAGAAUUGAAGGUCCCCAAGAACACAGUGGCCUCCAUCAUUCUUAAAUGAAAGAACUUUGGAACCACCAAGACUCUUCCUAGAGCUGGCCGCCCGGCCAAACUGAGCAUUCAGGGGAGAAGGGCCUUGUUCAGGGAGGUGACCAAGAACCUGAUUGUCACUCUGACAGAGCUCCAGAGUUCCUCUGUGGAGAUGGGAGAACCUUUCAGAAGGACAACCAUCUCUGCAGCACUCCACCAACCAGGCCUUUAUGGUAGAGUGGCCAGACGGAAGUCACUCCUCAGUAAAAGGCACAUGACAGCUCGCUUGGAGUUUGCCAAAAGGCACCUAAAGACUCUCAGACCAUGAGAUCAACAUUCUCUGGUCUGAUGAAACCAAGAUUGAACUCUUUGUCCUGAAUGCCAUGCGUCACGUCUGGAGGAAACCUGGCACCAU